ACGGUACUACGCCGACAAUGCCACAAAGAAGUCGAGACAAGUUGUUGUCAGACAAUCGUGGCUCAAUGUGUACAAAAUUAAAAGUAUAGGGGAGGAAAUCGAUGUCUUUAAAAAAUAUAUAUAUUAGAUACUCGCAAUAGACAUGACGGAAAUGUUUUCAAAUCUGUAUGGGCAAAAUGAAGCUCAGGGACCACCCGGAUCAUCGUCUUUGGGAUUCGGACCGGGAAAACCACCACCGCCUCUGCCGCCAAAUCAAGUCACAAUGGCGGCUCAGAUGCCACCUCAGCACGGGGAUGAGGGGCCUGCUCUACGGAAGCCGGGAGCAAUGAACGAACCUUUUUAUUUACUGCGAGAGCUACCAGUGGGCAAUGAGCUGACGGGCAACACCAACCUAAUCACCCAUUACAACCUGGAACACGCCUACAACAAGUUCUGUGGCAAGAAGGUUAAGGAGAAGCUCAGCAACUUCCUGCCAGAGUUACCAGGUAUGAUAGACUGUCCUGGCACCCAGGAUGGCAGUUCAUUGCGUUCUCUGAUAGAGAAGCCUCCAGUGUGUGGCAACUCCUUCAGCCCUCUGACCGGAGCCAGCCUCACCGGCUUCAGACUACACACCGGACCUCUACCAGAGCAGUACAGACUGAUGCACAUACAGCCCCCAAAGAAGAAGAGCAAAAACAAGCACAAACACCACCGACCACAAGAUCCCAUACCGCAAGGUAACACACACACACACAGAGGUACUGACACCAUCCCACAUCCUUUGAAACCCUUCCUUGUGUUUUUACAGAAACCCCGUCAGACUCUGACCCCAAGAAGAAGAAGAAAAAGAGGGAUGACGACCCCGAUCGCAAGAAGAAAAAGAAGGACAAGAAAAAGAAGAAGAACCGCCACAGUCCGGACCACCCUGGCUUGGCUGGCUCUCAGCCCAACAGCAACAGCCUCCGAUAGACCAGACAGACACGGUGUGUGUGUGAGGAGCAGCGUGUGAGUGUGUUUGAAGAGAAUCAGGAACUGUUUGUGAGAAUGUAUGCAGAUACGAGAGAUUAUGCAUUUGUGAGAGAGGGAUACGUAAAUGUCUGUUUGUACAGUAUGUGAGUUUGUGAGAAAGUGUGUGGGUGGCAGAUUGGAUGUGAGCAUGGUAGAGUAAUGUUGUUACAGUAUGACAGACAGAAGGUCACUGAUGUUCUGACUGAGUACAGUGCCUUUGGAAAGUAUUCAAACCCCUUGACCUUUUCCACAUUUUGUCUUAUUCUAAAAGUGAUUCAAUUGUUUUUUUCCCUCAUCAAUCUACACACAAUACCCCAUAAUGACAAAGCAAAAACAAGGUUUUUAGACAUUUUUGAU